GCAUUCCAGCCUCCCCAGGUCUGGCAUUGAUUGCAACUCAGCUUCUUCACUAUGGUGGGCCCUGAUGGCAAUGAAUCCAGUGCCACAUAUUUCGUUCUAAUAGGCAUCCCUGGCUUGGAAGAAGCUCAGUUUUGGUUGGCUUUCCCUUUAUUCUCCCUUUACCUUAUUGCUGUGCUAGGUAACUUGACAAUCAUCUACAUUGUGUGGACUGAGCACAGCCUACAUGAACCCAUGUAUAUUUUUCUUUGCAUGCUUUCUGGCCUUGACAUCCUUAUCUCUACUUCAUCCAUGCCCAAAAUGAUGGCCAUCUUCUGGUUCAAUUCUACUACCAUCCAGUUUGAUGCUUGUCUGCUACAGAUGUUUGCCAUCCAUUCCUUAUCUGGCAUGGAGUCCACGGUAUUGCUGGCAAUGGCCUUUGACCGCUAUGUGGCAAUAUGCCACCCACUCCGCCACGCUACUGUGUUAACAUUGCCUCGUGUUGCCAAGAUUGGAAUGGCUGCCGUAGUACGAGGUGCUGCACUUAUGGCCCCUCUGCCUGUCUUCCUCAAACAGCUGCCUUUCUGCCGCUCCAAUAUCCUUUCCCACUCCUACUGCCUACAUCAAGAUGUCAUGAAGCUGGCCUGUGCUGACAUCCACGUCAACGUCAUCUACGGCCUCAUCGUUAUCAUCUCUGCCAUUGGCCUGGACUCAGUUCUCAUCUCCUUAUCAUAUCUGCUUAUCCUCAAGACUGUGUUGGGCUUGACACGUGAAGCCCAGACAAAGGCAUUUGGCACUUGUGUCUCUCAUGUGUGUGCUGUUUUCAUAUUCUAUGUACCGUUCAUUGGAUUAUCUAUGGUGCACCGCUUUGGCAAGCGGCAGGACUCCCUCCUGCCCAUCAUCAUGGCCAACACCUACCUCCUUGUCCCUCCUGUGCUCAACCCUAUUGUCUAUGGAGUGAAGACAAAGGAAAUCCGGCAGCGCAUCCUUCGUCUUUUCCAUGUGACACCCCUCACUUCAGAUUGCUAG